AUGUCUCGGAGGCGUUUUCAAACCAAACCCCUGAUUUUCUGUCUGAAAACUCUGCUCCUGGUUUACUCCUUCGUCUUCUGGGUCUCGGGAAUCGUGUUAUUGUCUGUGGGGCUGUGGUGGAUUUUGAUGCUUGGUCCAUACUCGGUGCUGAUCUCUAGGACGCCCUCUGCAGUUCCCUUCGUGUUAUCAGGCACUGGCGGCGGGAUCGUGCUGCUGUCACUGUUUGGCUGCUGGGCCACCUGCAGGGGGCGCUGCUGGAUGCUUCGCACGUUUGCUGUGCUGCUGACGCUCGUGUUUCUGACUGAACUCAUCGCUGGAAUCUCUGGUUUUAUUUUUCGUCACGAGAUUAAAGGCAGUUUUUUUAGUUCUUUUUCUGAAGCCGUUCAGAAAUACAACGCUCUGGACGAACGCAGCCUGGCCGUCGACGACCUCCAGAGGAAGUUGCACUGUUGUGGCGUGUCAAACUUCAGCAGUUGGCUACACAGCUCGUAUUUCCCAAAUGGAGGAGUCCCGGUCUCCUGCUGCGUCCGAAUCAACGACUGUGAACGAGACGACCUCCGGAACGCCUCACGAGCAGGCGACAAAGUGUACGACCAGGGCUGUUUUGAACUGGUGACUGCAUUCUUCGACACAAACCUCGGGAUCAUUGCCAGCGUUACAUUUGGCAUCGCCUUCUCUCAGUUGAUUGGAACCACUGUGGCCUGUUGUCUGUCCAGAUUCAUCAACACAAACCAGUAUCAGAUGGUCUGAGAUCUGUGAUGGAGACAAGACUGAAUCUGGAUUUCUGAAGUU